AUGCCCAAGGUCUCUCCAUGGAAGCAACGAAGCGACGGCCUCUGGAGCCGGCCGCUCAUCGGACCCGAGCGCAUGUUCGACCAGUGGCUCGAGAUCGAUGGUUGGACUGAAUGGAUGGGCGCUGUCAUCUUCACGAUUGCUCCGUCUUACGCGUCCCAGAUGACCAGCAAAAUCGAUGUUGAGACUUGGUUCAGCAAAUCAGUAUUGCGCGUUUGUCUUGAGAAGCCCUCCCUCCUGGCAGUCAUCGAGCGUGGCGAAGAAGAGUCAGCGGUCGCAAAAUCUCGAGACUUCGUCUACUGUCCUCUCGCAUCAGGCGAUGACUUAUCGGAGAGGAUUAAGCAGAGGACUACCGUUCUCUAUACUGAAAAGUCAGCUCAAGAGGGCUUGAAGCUACUCACGGACGACUUCUACUCGACCCCAGAGAAACGCAUCAGCUUUGAGCUCGGAGACCAUCUAAUCCACGUCUCCCUUGUUUCUUCUUCCUCUGAGCCAAGGACUUUUUCCCUUGCAAUCCGCUAUAAUCAUGCAUUGAACGAUUUCUGGAGUGGUGCGGCUAUCCUUAACAAUCUUCUCAGCAAACUUGCAGACGGCCUGAGUACCACCAAAGUGCUAUCGCUCUCAUACAAAGAUGCAUCUCAUUCUUCUCUGCACCCUUGCUAUCUUGACUUUCUCCGUGAUCCUAUUGGAGACACUCCAUUGAUUGUCGAGUCUCGAGAAAAGGCAGCGCAGCUUCUUGGCGCCAAUCUCGCCAACAUCACUCUCUGCCCUAUCUCGCAAGAACCAGCAAAGGGCCGACCUGACACCGACUAUUCCGUGAAAAGGCAGAUUUUGUCGCAAGAGACGACGCAAACUGUCUUUAAGCUUUGCAAGGAGCAUGGAGUUACUGUAACGGCACUAUUGACAGCCUUGCAAGCGCUUGCACUCCUCAAAACCUUUCCUCCUGAAGAUGUGACCCGAAUGACGGCGGCACCUAUCUGCGUGAGCAACAGGCUGCGGCAGACAUCUUUCGGUGGCAAUCAGGGUCAUUCGGCUUCUACGAAGACUAGAUUGAGCGAGAUAUGUCAAGAGGCAGCCUACAUCGGGCCCGUCAUGGCGACUACUUUCCUUGUGUCCCCCUUUGACGUGAGUUCAUAUCUCAAGAACCAGGAUGCUAUUAUUGGAGACGAGACCUGGAGAAACAUUGUUUGGGAAGUUACCCGAAAUGUUGGUCAAGCGACAGAUGAGGCGGUCAAUAGCAACUUGAGUGAGCAUGUGGAUUGGACUCAAGGCCCAGCUGCCUUUGGUGGUGUUGCGCACGCAAUGGAAGCGAUGAAAGCCGGCCUGCUGCCUUCACCGCCUGGCAUGUUUACUCCUCUGUCAUCAGCAGGUCUUUUGGACGGACAUCAUCUCCCAAGGUCAUACGGAUCUCCAGACCCAAAUGAUAAGCCUGCACUGCAAAUUGACGACUUUUCGUUUUAUUCGCGAGUUAGCAACUUGUUUGGACCUCAAACAUGGGCUUGGACAUUUUCCGGGAAGCUUAACAUAACAUUGGUGAUGCCUGAUCCGCGAGUUCGGUCUGUUCCGAAUCUUGAGUGGUGGGAUCUGUUCAACGAGAUGGUUGUCAAAAUGGCGACUGAGGGUUCAGCUGAUGUUAGUGCUUAG